UUUUGAUCAUGAUGAUACGAUUAUUUCAUUCGAUCAUCAUUGUUAUUAUGUCAUUAUGGUUAAUGAUAAUAUUCAUGAUAAUCACCAAUAGUCAUGCUCUUGAACCGGAUUGGAGAGACAAAAUAUUUGGCCGAUCACAACAAACUAUGACAACACCAUCGAUACCAUUGAAAGUGAUGCCAACGAGAACAUAUUGGUCGAUAUCACCAUCAUCACCAUCAUCAUCAUCGCGUUCACAAUCACAAUCGACCAAUUCUUUCAAUACAUUCCGUACUAGUUCGGCCAAUUAUCUUCAUCAUCAACAGCCAAGACAUGGUCAAUAUAAUUAUUUUGAUCAUCAACCAUUUUCGACAGCAAUUCGUCAAACGUCCAGGAUUCCAUAUCAAUUUCCCACAACGACAACAACAAGCUCAUAUCAUAAUAAUUUUGCACGUUCACAGCCUUUCUUUAUUUCAUAUCCACAAACGGAAUCACCAUUAUCAGCAUCCAAUUCAUAUGAUUGGAUCCGAGAAUUGAUUCAAACUCGAUUGGCCGAAUCGAAACGUCAUCUCACACAGGUGGAAGAAUCGAUGGAAAAAUUAAAGACAAAGUCAUCAGCAUUGACUACGAUACCGACUACACCUCCGCCCACAAUAACAACUACCACAACAACAUUACCAACGAUAACUACUACUACAACAGCAACAACAAUACCGGAUCAUAAUCGAAUAGAUGUUGAUUACGCUGAUCAAUUAGUCGUCGAAAAUCGUGAUGAAAAUCUCGACUAUUUUGAUCAGCAAACGAGAACGAAUUCAAGUCUGAAACCGGGACAACGUUCGGAGAAAAUCAAAGGUCAAAAAUUUGCUCAAACAAUUCAGAUGAAUAACCGUGAAGCAUGGAAACAAUUGAUGCAGCUUCGAUCAUCGCAACCACAUCCUGAAGCCGGUGAAAUCUUGGCCGUCGAUCCGAUAUCUAAUACAACAGCUACUACAAAUGAGGAAAACGUUUCGCACGGUAUAACCAGUGAAGAGAAUAAUAAUAAUUCUGAAUCCACCGAACUUGAACCAAUUGAUCAUCAUCAAUUUAAUAAUGAAAGUGGUGAAACUCGAAUGGAAAUCGAUGAUCAACACCAACAUUUGAUGGAAGAAUCCCGACGAAUGAAUGACAUGGAUUGGGAUUUGCUGCCAAGAUCAAUCAACAGUUUAUUUGGGUUCGAGUUCAAUUCAACAAUCAAAAUCAAUCCGAAAACCUGGACAUUUCAAUGUCCCGAUAAUGUAAGCGGUUUUUUUGCCGAUCUAAGUUCAGAUUGUCAGGCAUAUUAUCAUUGUAGUGGUCAUCGACGUGAAAGAUUUCGUUUCGAAUGUCCAACUGGAACACGUUUCAAUGAACGUAGCUCUAAUUGUGAUUGGCAACAUAAUGUCGAUUGUCAUCAACAAUUUGAUCUGUUACGUGCAUGAUUCAUGAUCUAUUAAACCCCUUGUGUUUUAAAAUAUUAAUAAUUUUUUUCUCAUUCAAUUUGUGUGGGUGGCAUGGCAUUGUAAUUCUCAAGGAAAAUUUAAAUUUUUUUUGUUAUUUCAAUCAUAUAAUGAUGAUGAUGAUAAUAAUAAAAGUGAAAAAUUCA